UGUGAAUUCUGAGUUGUGUCGCUAGUCAUCCCAUGUUUCAUCAACUCAUUAUAAGGGACCAUGACAAAUAGCAAACGCAAUGCUCCUCAAAACAUCCUAUAUAUUCAUAUCAUACAGUCAAGAUGAGGGGGUUAGAGUCAUGUACAACGUUAUUGACAAAACAUCCGGUACAGUAGGGCAGAGUCAGGUAGGAGUGUACGUAUAUGGUGUUGCCCAUAUAGAUUAGCCUUCGAAAGUUGGGUAGGUGCGUGUGUCGGUCGAUGUAUACGAAAAGAAGGAAGGGGCAUAGGAUAUGAAGCAAAGAGGGGUGCUUACCUUCUUCAACCAUAUCGCCAUCGUCUUCCAAUCCCUUCCCCAAUUCUACCAAUUCGAUCUUUCCACGUCGAUUACUUUUAAGUGCCCCACCCUGAAAUCUACAUUUUAAGCUACAAGUCAUCGCCAUUGCGAAUCUCGCUCGAGCUGUCUAAUAACAGAUCCGUACCCCUUUCCCCUCAAAAUUUUAUUUCUCUGUCCUCCGUUGUACUAUGCAUUCCGCAGGGGAGACAGAGAGGCUUGUCAACGCCGCUAAGCUUGAGGAGAAGCUCCAGAAACCCGGAAACCAGCUUAACGCCUUGAGGCUUCUCCAAGCUCUCACAGUCAAAGAGAUAUACGGGGCCAAGAGACAGCUCAGUUUGAUAGAAGCUGGUUUUGUCAAACUUCAAGAAGCCAAUGCGAAAGAAGGUAUUCGGAACAAAACUGUCGAAAAGCAACUGGAGGAGCUUCGAAAUGAUAAGGAAAGUUUUCGCCUUGUGAUAUCGGAGGCAGAGUCAUCAACGCAGAACACGAAGGAUGGUCUUGAGAAUCUUCGCGCAAAGGUCAGCGACGAGUAUUUUAAGCUGACUGCGGAUAACGCGAGAUUUGGUAAGGAUAUCAAAACAUUGAAUAAGCACAUUGAUCGUCACCGCGAACAAUUAAGUACCGUGGAGGAGUCGCUUGGAGAUUUUCGUUCGAAGUUACCUGAUCCCCAAGAUAUCGCUACCUUAAACGACUCAUUGCUUCGCUUAGAGACUACAGUGAAAUCCAUGUACGAGAAGCUCGAUACUGUUUCCACAACCACAUUUGAGCAAAAGCAGGCAUUGUUGGAAAUCGCGAGUGACCAAACGAGGGCUCGCCAGUCCCUGGAAACUUUUGUCCCAAAACAAGAGGACUUCUUCCAGUUCCUCAGAAAGGUAACUGAAAGGAGCUCUGCUGCAGUAUCAGACGAAUCAAUUCUAAACGGGACAACAAACGAGGGCGACAUCAUUUCCUUAGGGCCACAGCCACCGCUAAAGGCAGUUCAAAUGCUAGAACAGUACAACCACUUCAGUAACUCGUACCGAAUCAAGCGUCCCAAGAGCGACGCCAGGUUCAUCAGGCAAUACCUCAAGAAGAUAGACCACCGAGCCGCGUGGCUCAUACAAAUGCGGCUUCAGCAAGAAUACCCCGAGUUGGUGGAGCCUCUUCAGAAAGCAGAGACAAGCAGCAAGACAGAUGUGAUGAUAUUCGUUAAUAUUGAGAAGAUAAGUUGGGACCACAUUAAGAUCAUUAUGCGUAAGAUCAAUGGCAAAGAGCUGUUCAAUCUUCUAGAAAUUGCGCAAGAGGGGCCAACUAUGUCCGUGGCGAACAGGGGGCCUAUAAUAGAAUUGAAGUAGCUGAGAAGAUCUAUACCGUCACCAAUCACAAUGAGGGUCUCGCUUAUAAAAUACUCGGCUCCUUUCGGUGGAUCAAUUAUUUUGUACUACUCGGACAGUUUCCGUAGCUACCAAACACCCAGUAGGUAUCUAGAAGAUUUUCACACCUCCUUUGGUAAUGAAGUACUUCCACGCUUAACUAGCCUUACUUCGGGAGUUGUAAGCAAUGUACACUAUGAUUAGUUCACACACUCAAGUUCCUCGUGUCGUCUGCUAAACCCGCAGUAUCGAGACCAGUCCACUUGUUGAUCCAGCCUAGCACCUCCUUAUGCCAAACAAGCGAGUUCUCGUGUUUCAAUACCCAGUGAUUUUCAUCAUUGAAAGUCAAGAAACGGCUCGGAACACCGCGUGCCUGAAGGGCUAUGAAUGAUUAAACCCGUCAGCAUCUCAUAACCGCUAAUAUCUUAUAGGAUGUCUCUAGAAUUUCACAUACCAUUGAACGCCGCUAGGCCCUCA